AUGGCUGACGAAUUAAAGAAAGCCAGGGGUCAAAUUAAAUCUAAGCUUACGCGAUUUCAAACAUUUAUUUCAAAACUUAAUAACGAUACGGUUACCGAGGAAGAUGCAAUUGAGCUCCAAGAUAGAUUGGAGGCUAUAACGCCCUUGAUGAAGGAAUACGAUGAGACUCAUAGUAAAAUUAUUAAUUUGGUCUCUGAUGUGAGCGACGACGAAUGUCACCACGCACAAUUUGAAUCUACUUAUUUUAAAGCGACUUCAUUCGCGAAAUUGCUGCUCAACAAAGCAAAAGUUGAACGCAUUUCAAUAUCUCCGUCGUGCAAUUCCGAUGCGAGAAGCGUUAACAGUUCUUCCCACAAGAACCCAUUUUUUAAUCUGCCUAAGAUAUCAAUUCCUAAAUUCUGUGGUGAUUUAGAAAACUGGAUAGAGUUCAGGGAAAUUUUUAACAGCCUCAUUCAUUCAAAUGAGGAGCUAAACGACGUUCAACGACUACACUAUCUGAAGUCCAGCCUUACUGGCGACGCAAGCCAGGUAAUCAAAUCGCUACAAUUUUCCGCCGGCAACUAUCAAGUUGCUUGGAAAGCAAUCUGUGCUAGGUAUGAUCAGCCUCGCAUGCUAAUACGCAAUCAUUUAAGAUCUAUACUAGAUUUAGAAUCCUGUGUCAAGGAGGCGUCUCCCGCAUUAAGAAAGAUCUCUGAUGCAUUAUUCAAACACGUCACCGCUUUACGCUCGCUAGCCUCCGACGCCCAAUUAUUUGAAACUACCAUCAUAUAUAUAAUGUCUCACGAACUAGAUUCUACCACAUUACGCCAAUGGGAAAGAAACCAAAAUGAUGCUGGUACCGCAAUACCGAACUUUGACGAGUUCAAAACUUUCUUAACAAACACUGCAAACUUGCUAGAUAGCUUGCAAUCCAAAUCGGAUUCGAAAUCUACCCCUACGCCAGUAUACGCCAAAGGAAAACCUCAAAUGUCAAAAUCCUUUGUGAUGAAUUCUCCAAUAUGCAUCUUAUGCAAAGACUCCCAUACACUCAAUUCUUGUGAGCAUUUUCUAAAAUUUUCUCCAUCUCAAAGAAUUGCCAAAGUUAAAGAAUUAAAACUAUGUUUGAAUUGUCUGUACAAGGGUCAUAUGAUAACUCAGUGUACUUCUAAAUACAGCUGUCGCACCUGCAAGGGGCGGCAUCAUUCCCUGCUGCACCUAAGCUCUGGUCCUGCUAGCCAAGAGGCGCCUACUGGGCGGAAAAUAGAGUCCAAUCCUUCUAGUAGCAAUAACGAUGAACCAAGUCAAAGUAUUGCUGCAUUUUGCACGAACACCAUUCAAGUUCUUCUACCAACCGCUUCAGCUCAAAUUCUUGAUUCUACUGGAGCGGCACACACAAUUCGUGUUUUAUUAGAUUCUGGUUCGCAGUCUAAUUUCAUUCGCGCUAGCAUUUGUCAGAAAUUGAAGCUGAACGUCGAAAAUGCUAACGUUACGGUGUCAGGUUUAAGUAAAUUAUCAUCCACUAUUCGAUCAAAAUGUUGUAGAUCACUGGCACAAUGCCUAGUUUCCGCUUUAACUGCAACAUCAAACUGCCAAAACAUCAAAUUGUCUGAUCCAUCAUUCAAUACUCCCGGAAAUAUUGAUAUGUUAAUCGGAUCGCCUCUAUUCUUUUCUUUAUUAUGCGCGGGUCAAAUAAGGUUAGGCCCAAACAUGCCCCUUCUACAAAAAACCCAACUGGGAUGGGUAAUUUCUGGCCCUAUAGGUGCCAUCCCUUCUACCAAAUCGCAAUGCAAUUUGAGUGUAUUAAACGAUCUUCCUGAACAGUUAGCCAAAUUCUGGGAAUUAGAAAGCUAUCCUUCUGACAAGGUACAUUCAGCUGAGGAGACGGAAUGCGAGACCCACUUUACGAAAACCGUCUCACGAGAUGAAGACGGAAGAUUUAUUGUCGACAUUCCUUUUAAGGCUCCUCUCGACACCCUAGGAGAAUCAUACAAUAAGGCUCAAAGACAAUUUUUCGCUUUGGAGAGGCGUCUUCAAAUGAAUCCCAUCAUUUUGGAGCGCUAUACUGCCUUUAUGGAGGAAUACCAAAAUCUAGGCCACAUGUCACUUUCAAAUGCAUCCUUUAGAGGCAUUUCGUAUUAUCUUCCCCACCAUGGAGUGAUGAAGGAAUCAAGCCUUACCACCAAGCUUCGAGUGGUAUUCAAUGGUUCCUCAUCGACUACGUCGGGACGGUCUAUCAAUGAUUUUCAAAUGGUUGGCCCAACCAUACAACAGGACCUCUUUUCUAUAUUGGUGAGAUUUCGAAAAUAUACUUACGGGAUUUCAGCUGAUAUUGAAAAGAUGUACCGACAAGUUCUAGUAAACCCAGAUCAGAGACCCCUGCAACGCAUUUUGUGGAGACCUGUUCCCUCUGAGCCGCUUUUGUCCUAUGACUUGAACACCGUUACGUACGGUACAGCAUCUGCUUCAUUUCUCGCCAUCCGAUGUUUAUAUCAAAUUGGAAUAGACAUCGAAAAAUUCGAUUCCAAAACGUCAAGCAUCAUCAAGUCCGACUUCUAUGUCGAUGACCUCUUAACUGGCGCCGAUGAUCUUUUUGAAGCCCAAGUACUCGCCUCUAAAGUCUCACAUGCCCUUCGUGAAGGUUGCUUUCCGAUUCGUAAGUGGAUUUCCAACGAUCCAAGGGUACUGGCUCACUUACCCGAGGAGGACAUCCAUCCAGGCUUACUGGAACUGGGAUCCCAUGAUCAUACUAUCACUCUGGGACUAAUUUGGAAUUUUCAAACCGAUAGUUUUACCUUCACCAUCUCACCAGCUCCCAUAAGUAAGAUAACCAAGCGUACUAUUCUUUCUCAAAUUGCUCAAAUGUUUGACCCGCUUGGCCUUCUCAGUCCAUGCACCGUUAGUGCUAAAAUACUCUUACAACAAUUUUGGCUGGAGAAAUUAGGAUGGGAUGAUCCGGAGCCACAGCCGAUUUUAUUGAAGUGGUCCUCUUAUAGGAGCGAAUUAACAGAGCUUAGUGAACUCCAAAUACCCAGGCACUCCAUAUGCGUUCGAUCAACUAACAUUCAACUGCAUGGAUUCUGUGAUGCCUCUAUCAGCGCAUAUGGCGCGUGCAUCUACCUCAGAUCUGUUGAUCAAAGUAAUAAAAUUCAUAUAAGUUUGUUAUGUGCCAAAUCGAAAGUGGCGCCCCUAAAGCCCCUUACCAUUCCCAAACUAGAACUCAGCGCUGUCCUGUUAGCUAAACUUGUUGAACAGGUAAUUAAUUCGCUAAAUAUGAGAGUAUCCGCCACGUACCUUUGGUCAGAUUCUACAAUAGUGUUAGGAUGGGUAAAAACCAGCCCUAAUCUAUUGAAAACCUUUAUAUGCAAUCGAGUCGCUGAUAUACAGGAGCGUACUUCUUCCGCAAUCUGGAGACACGUUCCCACCAAAUGCAAUCCUGCUGACUUGCUAUCCAGGGGAGUCACGCCAAAAUCUUUAAAGUCCACUCAAUUAUGGUGGAAUGGGCCCGACUGGCUCGCAAGCUGUGAAUCAUCAUGGCCAAAACCACCUGAUUCACUCCCACACCUACCUGAGUUCAAGCUUCAAACUCACUCGCUUAUUACUACAACAUCAUUUAAUCUAAUCGACAAAUUUUCCGAUAUAUCUCGAUUGGAAAGAGUUGUUGCAUUUCUGUUGCGAUUUAUUAAUAAUUGUCGCGUGGUCAUGAAAAAUCGCAUCACUGGCCCUCUAACAGUACUCGAAAUUCGAGCCGCUCUUUUAUGCCUGAUAAAAAUAUCUCAGAUCGAAUCCUUUGGUGAAGAUCUGAAUCAGCUACGACGAAAUCGCCCCCUGAAGCGGUCCUCCUCUAUAAUAAGUCUGAAUCCAUUUUUGGAUUCAGAAGGUAUCCUGCGCGUUGGUGGCAGACUUCGCAAAUCAAAUUAUCAAUUUGAUAAGAUUCACCCUAUUGUACUCUCGGGAAAACAUCGAUUGGCCAAACUACUCACUCUCCGAGAGCACUUGAGAUUGUUACACGCUGGCCCACAGCUUCUUCUGUAUUCCCUUAGGAACCAAUUUUGGAUUAUCUCUGGAAGAAGUCUAACUAAGCAGACGGUACACAAAUGCAUGAAGUGUUUCAGAUUCUCUCCCAAACUGGUAAAACCCAUCAUGGCCGAUUUACCUCCUUCUCGUGUACAAGCUGCACCUCCAUUCUCCACCGUUGGCGUAGAUUAUGGAGGUCCUUUCCUCAUUAAAAACCACAAGGGCCGAGGUGCCAAAACCUCUAAGAGCUAUUUAUGCCUUUUCAUCUGCUUUGUGACCAAAGCAGUUCAUUUGGAACUGGUGACUAAUCUAACAUCGGAGUCCUUCAUAAUGACAUUCAGGCGGUUUGCUUCCCGCCGAGGAAAACCGUCUCACGUGUAUUCCGACAACGGAACCAAUUUUGUUGGAGCCAAUUCGCUACUGAAAGAAUUGAGCUUAUUUUUAAAGAGUAACGGCGAUCACAUCAAUAAAACGUUUGCUGUUGAAGGCACCACAUGGCACUUUAUUCCUGCCCAUAGUCCUCAUUUUGGAGGCCUGUGGGAGGCCGGUAUAAAAUCCGUAAAAUCACACUUAAGGAGAGUAUUAGGUACAUCCUUACUCACGUAUGAAGAGUUUAGUACUUUGCUAUCUCAAAUUGAAGCGACUAUCAACUCCCGUCCGCUUUCUCCCUUAUCAAGCGAUCCCAAUGACUUCCAACCCCUCACGCCGGCACAUUUUUUGAUUGGAAGACCACUGACUUCACUGCCAGAUCCAGACGUCAGCAGUAUACCGAUUCCACGUCUCAAAGCAUUUGAGCUAGUUCAACAAUUUCAUCAACGCCUGUGGAAGAGAUGGAGUAAAGAAUAUGUAAACGAGCUACAGCAGCGCACGAAAUGGCGAUCUCAUCUGUCCGACCUCAAAAAUGGCACCUUGGUGCUCUUGAAAGAAGAUAACCAGCCACCUCUACAUUGGAAGCUGGGUCUUGUUGUAGCUGUUCAUCCCGGUGCAGACGGACGACUCUCAAGCGACCCGACAAAUACAAGGGGAAAUAUCCGUCAGCAGAUGAUGCAAAAUAUGAUGAUCAAAUUAGAAGAUCCCUCGCAAAGACUUAUGAAAGUCGAGGCUAAAGAGUCUGGGGGCUAUACCGCGAAGUACUCGUACCUCAAGCCAUGGUCAGCGGCGAACUUAGAAUGGCCACAUGGAACGCCAAUGGGGUCAGAGAGCGGAAAGGAUAAGUAG